CAAAACAUGAACCAAUACCACCAGAAAUGCUUACGGUCUUUCAGACUAUGGAUGAACAGCAUAGCCCAAGUCGCGCUCAUUCUGAAAAUAUUUGUUGGUGUUGUAGAAGACGAAAUAGGCAAGUGAGCACGUGAGAAUCUUGGCCAAUGAGAAACUAGGUAUGACGUCUGAUUCAAUUGAUGGGAAUUUGGCAGGAAUCCCUCGGUUUCAACGUGCAACUCGACAACAUCACCAACAGCCCAUCCCUGCCGCACAUCUCCUCGUAACUCGUCAGUCUGGGCAAUUGCGGUUGAAGAUAUACUCUACUGGAGUUGCUGGCGUGUGGCAUUUCCAGACCACAGUCCAGACGCGCCCGAAGCCCCUCUUAGCGCAUCGCCAACUUCUCCGACGGAAAACCAGCUGUAGCUGUUAAUCCAUACAUUGCACAAAGAGCGAGAUAUUCUCGCCAAAGCCUCGUACAUCCUUGCGCAAUCCAGCUUCACCAAUUAGCAGUGCGCCUGCCAGUUGGAGAAGAACAAGAAGUUUGAGGGCGUCUCUUGGAAUCCGUGACGAGCUCAUCGCUGCAAUAUGGCCGCGCCACCUCCGCGACGAGGCUCUCCUCUGAAGAAUGCAGAGGAAACACCUCAGAGACCAGAGCCGACUGCUAUACAGAGUCCUUCUGGGAACGCUGCCAGCUCGACAGCGACAUUGCGACCAGAGACCAAUUCUCCCAUUCCGAAGAAGAAGAGGAACCAUCGGGGAGGGAAGAAGAAACGGAGGAGAAAAUCAUUUGCAGCAUCGACUGAAGAUGGGCUAGGAUUGCCAGAGCCGUCAAAUUCACGGAUGAAUACAGACAAUGCUGCCCGAGCAAGUUUCUACCGUCUGCAAGGGCGUAAUUUGAGCAAUACAAGCAUUGAAAGCGAAGCCCUCUUGGAUCACCGCGAACAACAGAGUCUGCGACCUCGUAGAGCAUCGACCAUGGGACAGAGUGCAUUCGGAAUUCCACUUUACGAUAGUCCGUCAUCCUAUCGACCCCAAUACCAGAACCCCUUCGUACCAUCUGAGUCAAGUAGUCGCCGACCUCGAACCGCGAAGAAGGAUAGCGACGACGAGGAUAAUGAAGUUGAUGAGCGAGCGCCAUUACUUUCCUCCUCGGCGAGGGCAAAGAGUUCUGGGGCUAUUCUUGGGCCGGGCAACAAUUCUUCGAGAUCAAUUGGACCAAGCCCCAGUGGCAAGCGUUCUUCAAGCAAAGCUUCGUCGAGAAGUAGAAAGAAGACCAUUUUCGAUCGUCAAAGCCCUACUUUUCCAUCAUACAAUGAUGAGUACAAUGUCAACUACCCUCCUUCAGUACCAGGUAGUCCUACACUCGGGGCUUCGAAUCGAGAUAUGAGCUUUGGAGAUAUGAUGGUGAGAGAUGACUUCGCCCCCUCCAGAGCCUCCAUGCGAGAUGACAGGGAUGGUGAUCGUGAUAAUGCAAUUGAUGAUACUUCGAUGCCUGGAUCACCUCACAAGGACAAUAUGUUCCAAGGCAGGAGACAUACCAUUGCGCUCGAGGCCGAAGGAGAUGUGUGUUUCCCAAUCGAGAGCAUGUCGGAAAUGGCAGAAGAAGAUAUGGCUCAACGUCAGGAUGACGUUUACCGACGAGGUGGUCCACGGCGCAGGAGAGGCAAAUGGCCUGAUCUAGCUAUGCUCGAUGAGUGGAGCAGGUUUGAGAAGGAAGGGAGGAGCGAAGAGCGCCGGGCAAAGAAAAUAACCGAGCCGCAGCUCAUUGGGGGUCGAUUGCGACCAAUCCACAAAGGCUGGCAUCGAGCUGAGGAUGAUGCACCAUACAGAUUCACCUACUUCAAUGAGGACUUCCAGAGCACAAUUCAUAGCCAGACGAUAUCAGAGUUGGUACAGCCUGGGGGAAGUUUCCGAGAAUUGUUUAUUCCGGAUCCUCCUGAGUUAAGUGAUAGUUCAGAUUCAGAAGAUGAAGAACCAGAGCGACGAGACGAUACUUAUCUUCGACAUGUCGAUGGAACUAAUGGAGAUUCGAGGGUACACACCAGACAAGGGUCUUUGAUGGACCCGCCAAGACCCGACUCAAGGCGUGGUGGAUCUCUCGCUGGAGAUGCAAAGAAAACUUCAGGGCAAACAUCUGGGGCUGCGACUCCCAAUGGCCAAGUCAAAUCCCCUCCAAUUAAGUCACCACCAACCGCACCUUCUCCACAACCAGAGAAGUCUAAACGAUAUGGAGACCGACCAACUUGGUGGCUCGAUGUCUUGUCCCCAACUGACGCUGAGAUGAAAGUUCUUUCGAAGACAUUUGGAAUUCAUCCUUUGACUGCAGAGGAUAUUAUGAUGCAAGAAGCUCGGGAGAAAGUGGAGUUGUUCCGAAAUUACUACUUUGUGAAUUACCGAUCUUUCGAACAAGACAUGAAUAAUGAGGAUUUCCUGGAGCCGGUCAACAUGUAUGUUGUGGUUUUCCGCGAGGGAGUGAUCAGCUUCCACUUCUCCCUCACGCCUCACCCCGCCAAUGUUCGCCGUCGAAUUCGACAGCUGAGUGACUACUUAAUCCUCUCCUCAGACUGGAUCUCUUACGCUAUAAUUGACGACAUCACUGAUGUUUUUGCUCCCUUGAUUCAGAACAUUGAAGACGAGGUUGAUGAUAUUGACGACGCGAUCUUGAAGCUUCAUGCGCCAACGAAGGAUGAGAAACAAUAUAACGAGAAGCAAUCGGACGCAGGGGAUGGCACUAGUGGCGAGAGCGGUGGUGACAUGUUACGACGGGUUGGUGACUGCAGAAAGAAAGUCAUGGGUCUGUACAGGUUGCUAGGAAACAAGGCAGAUGUCAUCAAAGGGUUUGCGAAGCGAUGCAACGAGCAUUGGGAAAUUGCCCCCCGAAGCGAGAUCGGACUCUAUCUGGGAGACAUUCAGGAUCAUAUUGUCACUAUGACUGGAAACUUGUCCCAUUACGAGAAGAUUCUUGCUCGGUCCCAUGCUAACUACCUCGCGCAAAUCAACAUUCGCAUGAACGAGAGACAAGAACAAACCGCCGACGUUCUCGGAAAGCUCACUGUGUUGGGUACGAUCGUCCUGCCCAUGAAUAUUAUCACAGGUCUGUGGGGUAUGAACGUCUGGGUCCCAGGCCAACAGUACGAGGGCGACUUGACGUGGUUCUGGUGUCUCACCGCCGGACUUCUCCUCUUUGGGAUGUCCUGUUUCUUCACUGCCAAAUGGCUGUACAAGAUCGUCUGAGAUGGAGUGUAUAUACGAAAGGCCAGCGAGGUAAUGUUUGAUGAGUAGCAAUCUUGUGCGGAGGGGAGCGAAACUUGUAAAUAUUGAAACGAUGCGUAGAUUGGAUACACGGAACGGUUUACGGAAUAUCGAGGACUUCUACUUGAGCCUCAUGAAUGGAGAGGGAUAUAAUAUAUUAUAUAGGCAACAAUCAAAUCCGAAAUUUGCAG